AAUAAUAAUAAUAAUAAUAAUAACUAAGUAAUUACUUAAUUAAUUAUACUAUUAUUAGUAGUAGUGACCUCGUAGAUAUGUUUUGCUUUUACUUUUGUUGAGUGCACUUGUCACUGAUAUUUCUGCAGGAUUGUAUUGUCAUAUAAAUCUGAGAUAAACAAAGUGCAACGGCUGAUAGAGUCUACUUCAGAGAUUAUUAAUUAGCACUAAAUAUUUCUAGAUCCUUUUCCUGAUGAGAAUGUCGCCUACGCGUUUUUACAUCUUUCAGUUUUGUGCAAUAUCUCAUCAUUCAUAUCACCUGUAUUUCUCGCUCAAUACUCUAUAUCCCAUUUUUAAUUGGUCGGCCUUUAAUAUAUAAACUGUAGUUCCGUUUGUCUUCACAACGAAGAGUAGUCAGGAAGAUAGAUCUGUCGUCCUAGUGAAGCAAGAGUCUUUCAAACCAUGGGAAUUUUAAUUCUGAGUGCGUUGGUCAUACUCCAAUGUGUAAUUAUCUCUACUGAAGCUGAUAAGACCUUGUUACUGCAUGUACGUUGGCUGCCAACUCACUGUUACCACCAAGAGUGCCAAGUGGAAGAUGGUCAGAAAUGGGAUAUUUCGAAACUCAGAUCGUUGCCUCAAUUGGAGUGGCUCAGUGACAGCUGUCCAAAUUCGCCCUUUGGAUUUUGGAAUUAUGACUUCGACACUAUAACUGAAUUGUCGAAAUAUUGGAGCAAUCCUUUGGAUGAAUUCAUGCAUCACGACCAUCUGUAUAGAGAAUAUGCAACAUGUACCGUUGUCGAUAGCGAUGGACCAUCUCCAAAUCUUUAUUUCAACCGUGGAAUAGACCUCUUCAAACUCGCGUCACCUAGAACAAUAUCGAUCAGAGAAGGUGAAACUUACUCAACCAGAGAUUUCGAGCAUUCGUUGAAGAACAAAUAUCAUGCUCAACCUAAACUCAUCUGUGCUGAGAAUGAUUAUAAUAAAACUUUCCUCCACGAAAUAGUCUUCUGUUUCAAUGAGCAUUCAACACUUGUCGACUGUCCCGCCGAAUAUGCAAAUGAUCUCCAAGAGUAUGUACAAAGCAUAUUUGACCACUCUGAAAGUGAAUAUAGCGAACAGAUUCAUCAACAGAAACUUUGCGGAGAUUCAUUCAUUGUACCAGAAUAUAAAAUGGCUGAAACACCCAUAGAAGAACCUGAAGUUGAUUAUUCAGAAGAUACUUCAUCCUCUUCAUCAUCAUCAUCAAACAUAUUUUCAGGUUUCUGGAAUUGGUUUUGGGGUGUGUAAGACAAUCAAUCGACUGUGUGAAGGAAUGCAGACAAAAUAUGCACAGACGAUUUUGCUUUCAGUAGAUUUAGUGAUCUCCGCUAUUAUCAGCACAAAACUUGUCGUGUGAAUUCUCCUUUUUAAAUUAAUAUUUAUUUUUCAAGUCAUAAAAGUUGUUAAUUUAAUGACAGUAUUUGUUUUGCUUUGUCUGAAUUAUGAUGCGUAAAGUUUGGUAUUACAGUAGACAAAAUAUUAUUAUCUUUGAC